AUGCACUUCGACGGUGGUUCGCGCCCGAGCCCUAGCUUGGUGCUAGAAAAACAGCCCGCAGUGAGCGCACCCCUCGACAAUUUUGAACCUAAGCCCCCAAAUGAGAAUGGCCAAUUGUGGUGUUCCUCUCAGAACCUAUUCUGCGGUCGGUAUCGUCGCGCCUCGUCUAGACAUAGAUCAAACCAAUGUUUCCGAUCGGGUUGGGUUACGAGUACGGUCACUCGACGACUACACACAGAACACAGGAGGCGGGCGGCGCGGGGGGAGCGGGUCGGUCGGGACGAGCCCGCACGCCCGGCGCCGCUCGCCUCGCGGGCGACGGUCCCAGCCGCUUUUCUAGCACAGGCACCACCGGCCGUACUAACACACUGGAGUAACACACACACUCAUACAAGGAUCAGGUAUCGGGUGCUCGACGGGGACAAGCCGGUUAGUUCGUGU